AUGGCUGGGAAUCUCUCGAGAAAUGGAGUGCUGUCCCGAGUUAUCCACACCCAAAUUAAGUACGACAUUAGGCAUUCGGAAGGCCUCGGAUUCACACCCAGAAGCAGCUAUUUAGACAUCGAACAAAGGCCCUACGGUAAGGGCGACAAUCCAUCAUAAUGUUUGAGUAGCCGGCGCACAAUCCCGCAGUCUGUAAUUCUCACGGGCCUCGGGCAUUCAAACCGUUUAACGCCUAACAGAUUGAAUUCAAUUCUGCCACUCUUAUCUAGAUUAUUGUGUCGAUAUGCUCCAAGAUGAUGUCCAAGCCGAUGCUCUCCCCUCAUUUCGCAUUCAAGUGGCCAUAAAUGACACAAGAUGUCAGUCAGUAAAUAAGGCAUAAUAUUAUGAAUAGACAUGUAUAAAAUAAUGCUCGGAUGUGUGGAAUGCGCGGCUCUCUUUGUCGCCAAACACUUCCGCUCUCUGCACACACGUCAAUCUAAUUUAUUGAUGACAGAAAUCAGGUAACUGAGAUUGUUGCGCGGCUUUUCCAAAGAGAAAACCACCUGGCCAUAAUAAUAUAAAUAAAGGGAUGUCUGGCGUCUCUCCGAACCGUGCUCUCUCUCAAUUAUCGCCUGCCUUUUCGGGUUAUGAUCGCUUUAAAGACGAGGCCAGUUCUCGAGAGGAUCAAGUCGAGAAAGGAAUUAGAGCCCCGACAAAAGCCUGUUUGCCCAUAAUCGACUCUAUAUAUUACCCUUUCUUCUGUGAUUCGGGUCGCAGUUUGUUUGUCUAGAAUUAACGCGCGAAUCACUUAAUGUUACAGUAGACCAGGGUCUUGGAAGAAGUCUUAAGGGGAGGCUUGUCGCUGAUAAUGGACAGUGAGAAGAGACACGGCCUGAGAGAAUGGGGUAAAUAGAUCCCCCAAGUCUGAAAUUGAAUCCCGCAUCUAUGCAAAACACGUAAAUGGCGGUAAUUAAAGCCAGGAACAUGGAUCCGCAGGGAUAUGAAGAAGAUGCCAGCGGCUAUUUGUGUGAUACCGAGCAGCUGGCACCCCCAGAAGCGGCGUCGGGGCCGUAA